UGGAAAAGUCUGUCCCCAUCGUGGCAGGACUGUGUGACCUUUGAGGACGUAGCCAUUUGCUUCUCCCGGGAAGAGUGGAGGCUCCUCAGUGGGACUCAGCGGUUGCUGUACCUCGACGUGAUGCUGGAGAGCUUUGCACUGGUGGCGUCGCUGGUUUGUGGACAUGGAGUGGAUGAUGAAGAGACACCUUCUGAGAAGAGGGCUUUCGUAGAAGGAGCGUCACAGGUCAGGACUCCAGAGAUGGCGCCAGCCAGCCAGGAUGCUCGCCCCUGUGAACUGUGUGUCCCAGUCCUGAAGGACAUUUUGCACCUGACUGAGCUGCCCGUGUGGACAACAUGCUUCACUGGUGCAUGUGCAAACCUUCAUUGGCACCAGAAGCAUCACAGAGCAGAGAAACCCUGGAGCAGUGACAUGGAAAGGGCGUCACAGGAGAAGAACUUCCUGCUCCGUGCACCUGGGAAGCCUUCCGCCCAGGAGGAGGCGGGAAAGGACUACCCAGCCAUGCUGCGUGCUUUCCAGCCCCCAGAUAUUCCCAGCUGUGAGAAGCCAAGCAUAGUAGCCGGGGAUAGGGGGUCCUUUCACGCUGGAACAAGCCAUUGCAUGUGGAGUGAAUACAAGAAAGCUAGCCACAAACAUGCUCUUUUUCACCACCCAAGAGUCCCUGCUGGAAAAAGGCUUUAUGAAUCUCCAAAAUGUGGAACACCCUACCGUUGCGAGUACUCGCUGACUCAGCUCCAGAAGGUGCCCAUUGGAGAAAGGCCUUAUGAAUGCAGUGAAUGUGGGAAAUCUUUUAGCCAGACAUCUCACUUGAAUGACCAUCAGAGAAUCCACACUGGAGAGAGGCCUUACGAGUGUGGGCAGUGUGGGAAGUCAUUUAGCCAAAGAGCCUCUCUCAUUAAACAUCACAGAGUCCACACUGGAGAGAGGCCUUACGAGUGUGGGCAGUGUGGGAAAUCCUUUAGCCAAAGUUCCAAUCUCAUUGAACACUGUAGAAUUCACACUGGUGAAAGGCCUUAUGAGUGUGAUGAAUGUGGGAAAGCCUUUGGUUCCAAAUCCACUCUUGUUCGGCACCAAAGGAUUCAUUCAGGGGAAAAGCCUUAUGAAUGUGUUGAGUGUGGAAAAUUGUUUACACAAAGUCACAGUCUGCUUGAACAUCGGAUAAUUCACACUGGAGCAAGGCCUUAUGAGUGCAGCCAAUGUGGGAAGUCCUUUAGUCUCAAAUAUGGCCUCCUUCAGCACCAGCUGAUUCACAGUGGAGCUAAGCCUUUUGAGUGCGACUACUGUGGAAAAUCGUUUAGCCAAAGAGCCACCCUCAAUAAGCACUACAAAGUUCACACUGCAGAAAGGCCUUACGAGUGUGAGGAAUGCGGGAAAGCUUUCAUGUUCAAGUCCAAACUUGUUCGACACCACAGAACGCACACUGGAGAAAGGCCUUUUCAGUGCAGUGAAUGUGGGAAAUUUUUUAGGCAAAGCUAUACUCUUGUUGAGCACCAGAAAAUUCACACAGGAUUAAGGCCUUAUGAAUGUGGGCAGUGUGGGAAAUCCUUUAUUCAAAAGUCUGGCCUUAUUCAACACCAGGUAGUUCACACUGGAGAAAGGCCUUACGAGUGUGGCAAGUGUGGGAAGGCCUUUACCCAACAUUCUGGCCUCAUUCUCCACCGAAAAUCUCACAGCAUGGAGAGGCCAUGUGAAAGCAAGAGGGGGAGAGUCUUGGGUCCCAAAGCUAACAUCGUCUAGCUCCUGAAAAUUCAUAUUGGAAAAAGGCUUAAGCCCGCAACACAUGUGCCAUUUUAUUAUUAUUAUUGUGGCACAAAUAGCUUUUCUGAUAUAGCCAUCGGCCUGAAGUUGAACCCCACACUUCCAAACAGCCGGAGGGGUACAAUUCUGCAUUGGUUCUAAACAUCAGGUGAUGCUUCCUCUAAAUGGCCCAGAGUCCUUGCCAGAGUAACCGCUUCCGGUCUUCUCUGAUGGUCGCUAUCUGCCCUCUGUCACUGGGCGCAGUGUGCUACGGCUGCCUGGCACUGACAUACUUUACUGGGAGGAAACGCAGGCCUUUUGGAAGUGAUUUCCUUUCUGAUGGCGUAAAGCCUACACCUGCCCCAGUGUUUCUAAGGACUCCGUCUUCAUUCUGCUGGCACCAUCCAUGAAGGCCUUACUUUAUUCAUGAAGAUUAUUGGUUUUACUUGCUUAAAGUUGACUUUUUUUCCAGCCUUCUAGCCACUGCUAACUACCAACUCCAC